AUGGAAGAAAAUGCCAACACCAGCCUGGAAGAAGACUUUGAAGGACAGGCAUCACACACAGGGCCCAAAGGUGUGAUCAAYGACUGGAGGAAGUUCAAGCUGGAGAGUGAAGAUGGAGACUCCCUACCCCUGAGCAAGAAAGAAAUGCUCAGACAAAUGUCUUCACCCCACAGAUCCUUCAGCAGAGAUGAUAAAGACACCAGAGAGAGGUUCUGCCGUAAGAUGAGCAUGCAGGAGUAUGAGCUGAUCCACGACGCGCACGAGGACGAGAGCUGCCUGCAGCAGUACCGCAAGCGCUGCAUGCAGGACAUGCACCAGCGCCUCAGCUUCGGGCCCAAGUUCGGCUUCGUGUGCGAGCUGCAGACCGGGGAGCAGUUCCUGGAGGCUGUGGAGAAGGAGCACAAAACCACCACGGUGAUCGUGCACAUCUACGAGGACGGCGUCAAGGGCUGCGAGGCGCUCAACAGCAGCCUGACGUGCCUGGCGGCCGAGUACCCCACGGUCAAGUUCUGCAAGAUCAAGGCGUCCAGCACAGGCGCCGGCGACCGCUUCUCCAACGAGGUGCUGCCCUCGCUGCUGGUCUACAAGGCUGGUGAGCUCCUCAGCAAUUUCAUCAGCGUUUCUGAACAGUUCAACGAGGAGUUUUUCGCUGUGGAUGUGGAGGCUUUCCUCAAUGAGUAYGGGCUGCUACCGGAGAGGGAGCUCCCGGCGUUGGGCAACGGCACGGAGGAGCAGGAUGUGGAAUAA